UGUUUUUGCAAGGGGGGUUUGGACACCGGGAGGAUGCGCUUUUUGGAGGAACAAAUACUCAAAGUUGUGUCUUUGACCGCUCCGGGGUUGUUUUAGUGGAUACAUAGAUGUUUGUCGGGCUGGAAUGAACAAUGGUGCGGCUCCUUGGUGCUCUGGCCGGGGGCAUGCUCUGGUUUCGGCUACUGUUGCUGUGCGUGGUGGAGUUGGAGCUGGGAGCCGGGCUCUCUACUUUCCAGGGUUUCUAUCUUCCACCUGCGAACGGGUCGCUUCUCACACCUGCCCGGAGGACAGAUGGAGUCGUGCAGACCGUUGACCGGAUUUACCACGGAGGAGGGAAGGUGGGCUACCUGGUGUACCUGGAUGGGAGCCGGUUUCAGCUGGACAUGGAGCGGGACGAGUCGGUGCUGUCGCAUCACUUCAGCCCCCAGUACGUGCUCGCUAUGAUGGGGGAGAGCUCCGCGUCUUUGCAGCGGGAGUGCGUGUACCGCGGGACAGUGGACUCCAACCCGGAGUCUCUGGCCGUCUUCAACCUCUGCGGCGGGGGUCUCGAGGGCUUCUUCGCCGUGAACCACGCGCGCUACACCAUCACGCCUAUCAUCAGGGCUAAGGGACACGAGCAUGACGUGCGCGCCCUGCAGGACAAGGACGCGGAGAGCGCGCUCCAUGUGUUCACGCGCGAGAGCUUCAGCUUCGAGGCCAUGAGCGAAGGGCGCGAGAGCUGCGGGACGCGCGACGGGCGCAGAGGACGCAGGGAUGCGGUGAGGAAACGCCGGCACAGAGGUCGGGAGAAGGGGAGGCUGGACAGAGAGGGGCUCGCAGUGGGACACACUGAUGACCGCGAUGCGCGCGGGCGAACAUGGUGGAGCCGGCUCAUCAAACCUGCCGCUCCAGAGUCUGGCACGCGGCGCAAAAGGUCAGUCUCACGCGCCAGGCACGUGGAGCUGCUCCUGGUGGCCGACGAGACCAUGAUAAAGAAAUAUGGCAAGGACUUGAACCACUACCUGCUCACACUGGCCUCCAUCGCCUCCAAGCUGUACGGGCACGCCAGCAUCGAGAACCCCAUCCGGCUGUCGGUGGUGAAAGUGACCACGGUGAGUGAGAAGGAGAAAGGGCUGGAGGUGUCCAAGAACGCGGCGGCCACACUCAAGAGCUUCUGCAAGUGGCAGAACCAACAGAACCCGCUGGACGACGACCACCAGCAUCACCACGACGCUGCCAUCCUCUUCACCAGGCAGGACCUCUGCGGCCACCACUCCUGUGACACCCUGGGCAUGGCGGACGUGGGCACCAUCUGCUCUCCGGAGAGAAGCUGCGCCGUCAUCGAGGAUGACGGGCUUCACGCCGCGUUUACUGUCGCGCAUGAGAUAGGUCACCUGCUCGGUUUGUCCCACGACGACUCCAAGUUCUGCGAGGAGCGCUUCGGAGUGAACAGCGACAAGCGGCUCAUGUCAUCCAUCCUCACCUCCAUCGACGCCUCUAAACCCUGGAGCCGCUGCACCUCGGCAACCAUCACUGACUUCUUUGACGACGGCAACGCCGAGUGUCUCCUCGAUUCUCCUCGCCAGCCCCUUCUUGGCCCCGAGGAGCUCCCAGGGCAGAGCUACGACGCCGUCCGCCAGUGUCGCCUGGCCUUCGGCCCCGAGUAUACGGUCUGCCCGGGCAUGGACGUAUGUUCUCGGCUGUGGUGCGCUGUGAUUCGCCAGGGACAGAUGGUGUGUCUGACCAAGAAGCUGCCGGCCGUGGAGGGAACGCCCUGCGGGAAGGGACGCAUCUGCCUGCAGGGGAAGUGUGUGGACAAGACCCGCAAGAGGCACUACUCGGCUUCCAACCAUGGCAGCUGGAGCUCUUGGGGUCCUUGGGGUGCGUGCUCCAGAACGUGCGGAGGUGGGGUGCAGUUCGCCCAGCGUCUGUGCAACAACCCGCCGCCACGGAACAACGGGCGCUACUGCACCGGGAAGAGAGCCAUCUAUCGGUCCUGCAACGUCACACCGUGCCCGGCAUCAAAUAAGAAUUUCCGUCAGGAGCAAUGUGAGGUGCGCAACGGUCCCCAGACGGAUCCUAAAGGGGUGAAGACCUUUGUGGAGUGGGUGCCGAAAUACGCCGGAGUUCUCCCUAAAGAUGUGUGCAAGCUGACCUGCAGAGCCAAAGGAACAGGAUACUAUGUGGUGUUCUCUCAGAGGGUGGCAGACGGGACAGAGUGUCGUCCUUACAGCAGCUCAGUGUGUGUGAAGGGGAAAUGUGUGCGGACGGGAUGCGACGGCAUUAUCGGCUCCAAGCUGCAGUUUGACAAGUGUGGUAUCUGUGGAGGAGACAGCACGGGAUGUAUACGUGUAGUGGGCAACUUCACAAAGAAGAGUAAGGGCUACACUGACAUAGUGAAGAUCCCCGCAGGCUCCACCCACGUAAAGGUUCGUCAACACAAGGCCAAGGACCAGACCCGCUACACCGCCUACCUGGCUCUCCGACGACCCAAUGGCGAGUACCUCCUAAACGGCAAGUUCAUGAUCUCCACCUCCGAGACAAUCAUCCCAUUCAAUGGUUCUGUACUGAACUACAGUGGCUGGAGUCAAAGGGACGAAUGGCUUCACAGCAUGGGCCCCGGGGCCCUUCAAGAAGCCUUGGUGGUUCAGAUUCUAGCAACAGAUGCCAAAAAGCCCCUGGAUGUUCGUUAUAGCUUCUUCAUGCCUCGCCGGACGGCCCCACAGCAGCCGUCAGCUCCACUCAACCCCAACCCAAAGUCAACCCCUGCACAGAGCACUACAACGGUCUCAACCACGACAAGAACCACCACCACCUCCACCACCAGUAGCACCACUACUUCCUCCUCUGCUCCCAUCGUCCUGGUUCCAGGGCCGCCUACAGCUGCAGGUCCCUCAACCACUCCCCCAGGGGCCCAGUGGGUAACAGGCUCCUGGAUGACCUGCUCCAGGACAUGUGACACUGGCUGGCAGAGCCGGACAGUGCAGUGUAAGGACCAGGACGGGAAACUGUCCAAAGGAUGCAUGCUGGGCUCCCGGCCCUCCGCCUUCAAACACUGUCUGGUGAAGAAAUGUUGAGGAGGAAGGAGAAGAGAAACAAUGUGUAGGAAGAAGUUGUAAUCUGUACUUCUGAUAAAGGUCUCCAGUGCUGGAUGUAGGACCAAGGAAUGGACCAUUGAACAGACUAAGACAUAGACCUUAAGCAGGACUGUGAAUGUUGGCGGAAAGCGCCCGGACCAGUCAUACAGAGACUCAGAGACAUGUAGCUGACUAUGAGCCAGAGGAAUGUCCUGGAUUCAUAGUAGCGAUACAGAGCUGGAGUAAAUUGGAGGACAGUUCCCGUGUGAUAGUGACAAGUACUGCCCUGGCAUAGCCAAGAACUUGAGUUGCAUGUCAUUUCCACAUAGACAACAACUGAUUGUCUUUACAUCGGUCCUCCAAACCCUGGAGGCUUAGUGUGUGUUGCCCUGUAACGGCAUGCAUGUUGUGUCUUUUUUAUGCUAUUUCAUGUGUUCUAAUCACUGUGGGUAUUUGAAAGUCAUGCCAUCAUUUCUGCCCGCAUGGUCGUCCUGUUCCACGCCGGCUUCUGUAACGGGAACAUUUUAUUGACUUAGCAGCUCGUAAAGUUUGUUACAGGAAGAAUGUUGAAAAUGUGAAAUCACUGGAUGGUAGGCAGUCUUUAUAGCAAUCUUCAUAGCAACCGCUAAGUAACAAAAACAUCAACAAAGGUCUCUUCCAUCAUAUAAUCCAUCAGGUUUUUUUUUUACAUUAAACCAACUUGAGAGCUACUGAUGGCCAAAGAGUAUAUUAGAGCAUCAUCUCUGCUAAGAUUUCUUACCAAUAUUCUCCCUGUAAAUAUUCUACGAGCCACUCUGUGUCUGAAAUGUGCACGUUACAGGAGAUGGAGAUGCGUAUGCUGGUCCUGGAUCAGGGCUACCCUCGUGCCCCGACUAUAAGCGUUCUGUGUCUUUAUUUGACUGAUCUGUCCAGCUGAAAACUGGGAAACAGCAUCACCCAUAGUGAUGAACAUUAAGUCAUUAACAUCCAUAAGAAAGUGUAGGUUUAUGAAUACAAUUCCACAGCUGAGGAUGCAUGAGGGAGGGGGAUUUCACGACCAAGAAUGAAUGGAUAAACCCAGACAUUUGAUUAAUGGGCAACGCAUUAAAAAAAGCUGGGAAGCUAAUCAGUCAUACCAAGGUCCGGUCAGUCCCAUGUCCUCUCUAUGGAAGAACGUUUACCCCACACACACAGGUAUUAGAUACACCUGUACAGCGAAGAAACAGCAGCAUGGUGUGAUGAGAUAGAGAGGGAGAGUACGGUGGCCAUCAGAGGACAAACCUUACAACAGUUAAAUCGACAAAGGGGCAAAGUAACCACGACACUCCUUAACAUUUAUGGAGGGUAAUGAUGAAUCAGAUUUGGUGGUGAUGCUUGAUUUUUGUGUGCGUGUGUGCGCGUGUGUGCGCGUGUGUGCGCGUGUGUGUGCGCGUGUAUGUGUGUGUGUGUGUGUGUGUGUGCGCGCGAACACAUUCAUGCACCCAGGCCUGUGUUUAAAGCACAUACAGUACGUACCGUGAACAUGUGUUCUGUUCUACUGUGUCUUGAAGCUUCUUAACUCUCAGUUCCACUUGUAUCAAUCAUUCUGCUGGUGCUGGGAGGUUUACAGUCCUCAUGUUUGUGUGGUUUUUUUUUGUUGUGGCAGUCAAUGUCUGUUUGUCUGUUUAUCUGUUUAGGAAACAAUGCUAAUAUGACAAUGUGUGCCCUGGAUACUUGCAACGACAGCAAGAGAGAUACUAAUGCAGUCAUUACUGUCCUUUUGCAAUUCAACUCUUUCUCAUUUUUAUUUCUUUUCAUCACUCAUUCUCUAUUUUACUCAUACAUCCUGUAUUUGCAAUUUAUUAUUUCAACCUGUCUCCAACCCUGAUGGGUGGAGUUUGCCAAAAUAUGACGAUUCAGAUUGUGCCACAGAAUGGCUCAUUAGGGCAGCAAUGGUAUUGUGACAUUUGGUUGAAGAUGUUUAAGGGUCAGGUCACCCAGGAAAUUAAUUUUCUCACUUACUCACUUUGAGUGAUCCAACUCCACCUUAACAGGGAGACUGGGAGUUCAUUCUUGCUGUUCACAGCUUUGAAAACUUACUUUUAAUAAUUCACCAGAACUUCUUUCUCCAAAAACAAUCCCUGAGUUACAGACAAUCCACUGACCUCACUGUCAACACUUUGUACUGGAACUACUUUCUACAGUGACGACUGGGGAACUCUGAAAGAAAUGGAUUGACAUAUUAAAAAUGCGCUGAGACUUAGACGGGGAGAUUGACACCACUGUGGCGUCUGCCCCUUGAAUAUGAAGCAGCCUACCCUCACCUCUGAGGUUAACUGCUCAGCACAUCAUAAUCACUAAAAAACAAAGCAUAAACACAACAAUUUACCCGUUUCCAGUCUUAAUGCUAAGCUAAGCUAACAGGCUGCUGCAAAUAACAAUCUGCGUUAGCGUGUGUGACUGUGAGAAAAUAUGCUUUUUUGUAAUUUGGGUGAACUGACCCUUAAAAAUCCUCCACCCAACCAAACAGUAUCAUCCAUCUUUAGCAGCAGCAGUUUAACCAGUGAUGCCUUCAGACUGUAGAUAACAUGAAUAUGCCUCAAGGCCAGGCUUCUUUUUAAGACAACAUAUGAAAGAAAAAAAAAAAUACUCUCAUGGAUGGUAAUUAAGCCUCAGCGCUACAAAGUCCUGUUGAUUCCACACCUAAUGGACUCAGAAAUACCUUCCUGUAAUUGUGUGAAACUUUCCGGCGCCCUUCCUAUUUUCCUGUGUGGCAAACCUCACCCAUCUGGCACCUGUGCAGGAGAAAACAAACCCUGAGAAACAUUUUCUGAUACUACUCGACCCGGGUCAACAUACCACUCACAAAGUGUUCUCUCUUCUUGCCUCACACGUUCAGAUUUAUUUACACAAUGUAGACAUUUUUGUACAUGAAUAGAUCUUUCAUAUAUGUGUUAGUAUUCAACCAUAUUUACACAGAAAUUUACACAUACAGACACACACCAUUGAAACUAUCCAUCAGUCACACAGUUUUUGAGUAUUUCAGACACACACACUCCACACACACACACACACACACACAUAUACAUACACACAACUUACUCUGACUCUUCCAGUGGGGAAACCCCUCUCGCUGAACGACAGAAACACAGCACUGAACUUGUAAUUUAUUGUUUGUACAACUGGUAUGUGUGAAUAAAAAAACAAUGAGAUGAGUUUUAUUUAUUAUACUAAUUUUGUAUCAAAUUACUAUUUAACUUAGGAAUAUGACUGUGCAGAAUCAUUCCUUUGUAAGAAUAUAGUGUU